CUCGUUACAGGUACAAGAUAUUUGCACAGACAGUAGGCGACGUUGAUACAACCCUACCAUCAGUUCUUAAAGAAUUAGGCGUGUUUUUGAGUAAAAGUGAACUAAAGUUAAACAUCAGACCUUUACUGAGGCUGGUGUGCCAGCGGUUCUUUGGAGAGGCGAGAGGGUUUGUUGAUAUGUGUGUGAAACAUAUACCAUCUCCUGUGGAAGCUGCUCAAACCAAAAUAGAACACACGUACACUGGUAUACUGGACGAUGACGAGUGGACGCAGAGUCUAAUGACGUGUGACUCUGAUGGGCCACUAAUGGUUCAUGUUACUAAACUGUAUCCAACUCAAGAUGCCACACAAUUCCAUGCAUUUGGACGAGUGAUCAGUGGAACAUUAUACAGUGGGGAACAGGUGAGGGUCCUUGGUGAGAGUUUCACGCUAGAGGAUGAGGAAGAUUCUAAAGUUUGUCAAGUUGGUAGACUGUGGGUGGCAGAGGCAAGAUACACUAUUGAAAUAAACAGAAGUCCAGCUGGUACCUUUGUACUUAUUGAAGGAAUUGAUUCCACAAUAACGAAGACAGCAACUGUUACUCAAUUGAGUGGAAGUGAAGACGCUCAGAUAUUUCGUCCAUUAAAGUUCAACACUCAGUCUGUGAUAAAGAUUGCAGUUGAGCCUGUUAAUCCUUCAGAGCUGCCAAAGAUGUUGGACGGACUACGGAAAGUUAACAUGAGCUAUCCUCUUCUUGUCACUAAAGUGGAGGAGAGUGGUGAGCACGUGGUGUUGGGCACUGGUGAGUUGUACCUCGACUGUGUCAUGCAUGACCUCAGGAAGAUGUACUCUGAAAUUGAUAUCAAGGUAGCUGAUCCAGUGGUUGCUUUCUGCGAGACAGUAGUUGAAACCUCAUCAUUAAAGUGUUUUGCAAUGACUCCUAAUAAAAGAAACAAGUUGACAAUGAUUGCUGAGCCUCUUGAGAAAGGAUUAGCCGAAGACAUUGAAAAUGAAGUGGUACAGAUGACCUGGCCAAAGAAGAAACUUGCUGAGUUUUUCCAGACCAAGUACGAGUGGGACUUAUUGGCUGCUCGUUCGAUAUGGUCCUUCGGUCCUGAAAUGACUGGACCCAAUAUACUGGUGGAUGACACACUGCCUACUGAAGUUGAUAAGACCCUCCUCCACUCUGUGAGGGACAGUAUUGUACGAGGGUUCCAAUGGGGAGCCAGAGAGGGACCUCUUUGUGAAGAACGUAUGUGAGAUUUUAAAUAAUGUACUGU